GUUUGGAAAUGGCCUGCUAUCUCGUGUGUCUAACGACAGCGGGGGGAGUGCCCUUGUUCACAAGGACAGCAGAUGAUCUGAAGCCUUUGCCCUUCCCUGUGAUCGGUUCAAUAAAUGGCGUCCAUAUGUUUGGUAGUUCACAUGAUGUGACUCUGCAGUCUACUACCACAGAAGAUGCCAAAAUUAUCUGGAAGGUUUUUCAUGAUAGUAUAACGCUGAUAACCAUUGCACAGAAUGAUGAUGUAGAUGACUGCCAUUAUAGCAACCUUCUGAAUCUGACAUUCAAUGCCAUGGUGCUCCUGGUAGGGAUAGAGGAAGUCACAACCAUAAAAAAUGUCGAGAAAUUCAAGCGGGAAAUUAAGGUAUGCUAUAAUUUGGUGGACAGGAUCCUUGGGAUUAUGGGAACCUGGGGAUUCAGUCAGCUGACUAACACCGCGGAGACAAUAGCAGCUCCAGAGAAUGCUGUGUUACAGAAUUUCUUGGAUGCUUUCACUGAAGCAGCAGAAAGUGUGUAUGGUUGCUUGUUCAUUGAUGGUAAAAUUGCUGUGGCAACAAAGAAAUGGUGGAGUCUGUCGGCCAAUGAGCUGGUGUUACUGUCUCUCCUGUUAUCCUCCCUGACGGCGUGUACAUCCAGGGACAUCCCGGUGUACCUCCCAGACAACCACCCCACAGUACCCCACCGACUGAUGACAUUCCAGCUGACUCGGGGAGUAGAUGUUGUGGUCAUCUGUGGACCCUCCCCCUCACUCACAGAACUAGAACCAGAGAUACUGAGAUUUUGGAAGCCCUCCUAUGAUUCCCUGAGAUCUGUGUUGAAGCUGAGUUCCAGGAACUUCCCAGCCAAUAUAGCAUUAGAUCACAACACUCUAGGAUUCCUGUUAAUAAACAAAGAAACCAACCGCUGUCUCUGUAGCAUCAACCCCACCUUCAGUGGAGCACAUCCAGAUGAAACUUUGAGUAGCUCCCAGAGAAGAGAGGUGCUGAAGUCAUUCUACAAGAGGAUGGUGGGGACAUUCUUCUCCUCAGUGGUCCCCGGCAGUGAUUCAGGUCCCUCAGAAUUCAGUCACCAGGCAAUGGAGUCUUACAUCACCACGGAAACUCACAAAUGUUAUGCGUUGAUGUCAGGGCCUCACCAACUGUUGGUGUUGUACAGUGACAGUAUACCUACAUAUGCCAUGAGGUCAAUAACACAUAAAACAUUAGCAUUGCUGACCAAAGACAGGAACAUAUCUGUGUGACCAAACAAUUCCACUUCCCUAUUUUUACACUUCUUGUCCACAAAGAUGGAGACAGGGUAGCAGCUAGUUCAGUGGUCAUGGAUGUAUGGGCAUUUUCUGAGGAUCUAUCAUACAACUCUGAAUUGUGAUCCUACAAUGUCUUGCAUAGUAACACCUAGGGAACCUGUAUAGUUGUUACUUUAUACAAGGUGCAUCAGCAACAAGAAGUUCCAAGGAGAUUAAAUUUAUCAGUCAAGUUGGACUGAAUUUUUAAAAUAGCUCUCAUUUAAUAGUUAUCAGUGGAGAGGACAAAUAUGGAAGAUAUUCUUUAACAGUUGUCGAUUUGAAUUUGAGUACAUGUGUACGUUUGGAUUCCAACAGUCAAUUACAUUGUGGAGAAUUCAAAACUCAGACAUUCUAAAGACAUUCAUGUACGUUAUGAUAUACAAGUACAUGAAGUUAAGAAAAGC